UUUUUUUUUUUUUCCCUGCUGCAGCUGUCGAAGCUCGUUGGUGACACUGCGGGCGCUCGCUGGCAAGAGUGGCCUGAGAAGCGACGCCGGGAAACAAAAGGGAAAUAGGCGGCGACACGGGCUCCGCGGAAAGUUUCGCGCGCCUCGCGCUCGUGGACAGCGCGCGGUCGAUUUGGAGCCUAUUAUAUCCUACGAAAAAAGACAAGAUCCUGCGAGGGACAAACCAGUGAAGCCGGCUUCCUUUUCCCUUUCCAGAAGCAGCUGAGUCCCAAGGAGAGCCCGGCGCUCCCUCGUCCUUGCUGCGCCGAGGAUCCGUCGUGGCUCCGCCCUAACCGGCUUGCUCGGAGUCCCUAGCCUCUUCGUUCGGACGGAGCUGAUCUUGGGCAAGAAAACUCAGAGCCGCUGGCGCUGGAUUUAGGCUCUUGGAUUUAAGACAAUACUGUGAGAAACUAUCUGAGAUUAUAUAUAAGCAUGGGGACUCCUGGCUCAGGAAGGAAAAGAACUCCAAUGAAAGACAGAUUUUCUGCAGAAGAUGAAGCCCUAGGUCAUAUUGCUAGAGAGGCAGAGGCACGCCUUGCAGCCAAACGUGCAGCCCGAGCAGAAGCAAGGGAUAUACGCAUGAGGGAAUUGGAACGCCAACAAAAAGAGCUUUCUCAGCGUUCUUAUGAUAGAAAAUGGGGACAUAUCCAGAAGUGGAUGGAAAAUUCUGAAAAUGCUAGCCAUUCAUACCGGUCCAGCCGGCAGCCAUACCUGGGAGCUGGUGAUUUGGUAUCUUCUCAAAACACUGGUAGUCACAGGAACCUUUCCUUGGAUGUCAGUGAGUCCCACAGGAAUAGAUCAAGUAAAUCCAGGAAAAGAGAUCUAGUGAGCCAUGUUUACAAUGAUUCUUAUGGUGGGAAGAAGUCUUCUAGCUCUCGUAAAGAUUUGUUGAGUGGAUUUUAUCAUGACCACCGAAAUUACAGCAGUCUUAGACAUAGCAAAGCACUUCCUUCUUAUCAGCCUCGGUCAUCAUCUCUAUACAAUGAACCUCUGGCAACAACUAAGAAUUACAGGGCUUCCCCAGAUGUAAACACUGGUUUGAUAAGAAGUACCAGUUUGGCAUCAUUAUAUGAUGAUGGAUUGCAUAAAUCGUAUAGUAAUCGUACUCCUUCAGAAUAUAGUUAUUCAAGAGCAAGUUCAGCACGAAGUAGUCCAGUGUUUACAGAUGAUGAAUCAGGCAGCAUUGCAUCCUCUGACCAUGCUGUACGAGGUUAUAGGGAUAGUGUGUCAAGUGAUUUUCAUCAUCAUGGGGAAACUACAGCUGAUUAUUUUAGCCGCACUAAUCGUAGGGGAAGCAUUGUUUCUGACUUGGAUGAUGUCAGCAUUCCAGACAUGAACAAUCUUGAAGAGAAGACUGACAAACCAUAUUCUGAUUUAUACACAAGGCCAGCAUCUCGCAAUUCAGCAACUCCUUUAAGUGGAAAUUCUUCUAGACGAGGAAGUGGAGAUACAAGCAGCCUAGCUGAUCUUGAUACUUCGUUAAGUGAAUUGCGGGAUAUCUAUGAUCUUAAGGACCAGAUACAAGAUGUAGAGGGGAGAUACAUGCAGGGACUUAAAGAACUAAAGGAGUCACUUGCUGAAGUUGAAGAGAAAUACAAGAAGGCCAUGGUUUCUAAUGCCCAACUUGAUAAUGAAAAAAACAAUUUAAUCUAUCAAGUGGAUACUCUAAAAGAUGUCAUUGAGGAAAGAGAAGAGCAAUUAGCAGAAUACUAUAGGGAAAAUGAAGAAAAAACUAAGGAAUUGGAGAGACAGAAACAUAUGUGCAGUGUUCUACAGCAUAAAGUAAAUGAACUCAAGGAAAGCCUUUGCCAAAGAGAUGAACUUAUAGAGGAGAACCAGCGCAUGCAGCAGAAAAUAGAAUCUAUAUCCAAAGAGGUGUUUGACCUCCAGGAAACAGUUAAUUGGAAAGAUAAAAAAAUUGGGGCUCUAGAGAGACAAAAAGAAUAUUUUGACUGCAUUAGAAUUGAGCGGGAUGAGCUCAGAGAUGAGCUGGCUGACCUGAAGGAAACAAUGAAGAGAGGAGAGAAACAUGGAUUAGUAAUAAUCCCAGAAGUCACUCCAAAUGGUGAUAUUAACCAUAAACCAGUAAUUGGUGCAAUUACAGUUGUAUCACAAGAAGCUGCUCAAGUUUUGGAGUCAGCAGGGGAAGGACCAUUAGAUGUUAGACUACGAAAGCUAGCAGGAGAAAAGGAAGAGCUAUUGUCACAGAUUAAAAAACUGAAAUUGCAGUUGGAAGAGGCACGGCAGAAAUCCUCUAGACCUGAAAGCAUAAAUGCUGAUUUAACAGGACUGGAAAAUGGUUCUGAUUUGCAAUUAAUUGAAAUGCAGAGAGAUGCCAACAGACAAAUAAGUGAUUUCAAAUUUAAACUUUCAAAAGCUGAACAAGAUAUAACUACUUUGGAACAAAAUGUUUUAAGACUUGAAGGACAGGUGGUGAGAUAUAAAACUGCUGCAGAAAAUGCAGAAAAAGUAGAAGAUGAACUGAAAGCAGAAAAGAGAAAACUUCAGCGAGAAUUAAGAACAGCAUUGGAUAGGACAGACGAAAUGGAGAUGACCAACAGUCACUUAGUGAAACGGUUAGAGAAAAUGAAGGCAAAUCGAACUGCACUGCUAUCUCAACAAUAGAAAGGAAACUAAAGAAUGCACUGCUCCUGGAAAUGCCUGAGCUUAUUUUAUAUACAGGCUUUCCUUGGCAUAAAUUUUAAAACAAAGCUGUUCAGUGAGUUUAGUUUCAUAAUAUUUUAACUUGAGCAAAUGGGAAAAACAGCUUACAUAUUUAUGCAAGUGAUGAGUUCUAGCCGCUUAAUUCAGGAAUCUGAUGGAGCCCAAUUCUCUAUAGUUGACUUAUUUUAUAUAAACUAUUUUCACAUUUGUGAAAUCAAGUUUAUUCUCUGAGUUAUUUUCAACUGCUUUAAUGCUUGGUGCUUGGAAAGAGAUGCACGAAUUCAAGAGUAUUUGCUGCACAACUAACUAACCAAUUAUGUGCUCGAGAUCAUCACACGGCACAAGUGCCUUUUAAUACAGUGCAAUGAGAACUUCAGAGAUCAGAACAAAAUAUAAUGUGGAAUCAAAUACCAUUUAUUUUAAAACACAAUUGGAGUCUUGUUUGCUAAACUUUUUACAUUUUGAUGGAAAACACUUUUGUAAAAUAUUUAAAUUUAUAUAAAAUAGAAAUGACUUGUAUAAAAUCUGCUUUAUUGCAUGGUGAUGCACACUCGAGAUUUCAAUUUUAAACAGUACCAUCCCUAUUUUUAAUGUAAGAAUAGUGAGCAAUAUUUGUUAUCGUACAGUGAUGUGUAUGCUGCUUAAGUGUGCAGUGAAAUGUGGGUGGGAGAAAUGUGGCAGAUAUAAAACUAUUAAAUGGACACUUUGCAUAGCA